GACGGCGUGCCCGCGCGAGCCCCGCGCCCCCCGCGUGGACAGCGCGGGCCUCGCCCGCCCCGCGGCGCCUGUCUCCGGAGCCCCGAGCGUGGCACGCGGGCCCCGAGCGGCUCGGGCGGCGGGCGCGGCCAUGGAGGAGGAGCUGAAGUGCCCGGUGUGCGGGUCUCUGUUCCGGGAGCCCAUCAUCCUGCCGUGCUCCCACAAUGUGUGCCUGCCGUGCGCCCGCACCAUCGCGGUGCAGACCCCGGACGGCGAGCCGCACCUGCCCCCGCCGCUGCUGCUCUCUCGCGGGGCCGCGGCCGCCGCGCCCCCUCCGGAGCAGGACGCGGCCGCCGGCGGCGCGGGAGCGGGCUCGGCCGCGGGCCCGGGCGGCGGGGCGGCGGGCGGCGCGGACCACGCGGACAAGCUGAGCCUGUACAGCGAGACCGACAGCGGCUACGGCUCCUACACCCCCAGCCUCAAGUCCCCCAACGGGGUCCGCGUGCUGCCCAUGGUGCCCGCGCCCCCGGGCUCUUCGGCGGCCGCGGCCCGGGGCGCCGCCUGCUCGUCGCUCUGCUCCUCCUCCAGCUCCAUCACCUGCCCGCAGUGCCACCGCAGCGCCUCCCUGGACCACCGCGGCCUGCGAGGCUUCCAGCGCAACCGGCUGCUGGAGGGCAUCGUGCAGCGCUACGCGCAGGGCCGCGGGCUCGCCGCGGGGGCGUCCGCCGCCCCGGCCGUGGCCGUGUGCCAGCUGUGCGACCGCACCCCGCCGGAGCCGGCGGCCGCUCUCUGCGAGCAAUGCGACGUCCUCUACUGCGCCACCUGCCAGCUCAAGUGCCACCCGUCCCGGGGCCCCUUCGCCAAGCAUCGGCUGGUCCAGCCGCCGCCGCCGCCCCCGGAGGCGACCCCGGCCCCCGCCGGCCCGGCCGCCGCCGCCGGCGCAGCGGGAGGAUGCAGGAGCCCCGGGGGCGCUGCGGCCGGCGCUCCGCGCAAGUUCCCCACGUGCCCCGAGCACGAAAUGGAGAACUACAGCAUGUACUGUGUGAGCUGCCGGAGCCCCGUGUGCUACCUGUGCCUGGAGGAAGGCAGGCACGGCAAGCACGACGUCAAGCCGCUGGGGGCCACGUGGAAACAGCACAAGGCCCAGCUGUCUCAGGCCCUAAACGGGGUUUCGGAUAAGGCCAAAGAGGCGAAGGAGUUUCUGGUCCAACUCAAGGACCUGCUGCAGCGGAUCCAGGAAAACGGACUGGACUACGAGGCUUGUCUGGUGGCACAGUGUGACGCCCUGGUGGACGCGCUGACCCGACAGAAAGCCAAGCUGCUCACGAAGGUGACCAAAGAGAGGGAGCACAAGCUGAAGAUGGUUUGGGACCAGAUCAAUCACUGCACGCUGAAGCUGCGCCAGUCCACCGGCCUGAUGGAGUACUGCCUGGAGGUGAUCAAGGAGGAUGAUGCCUCGGGAUUCCUGCAGAUCUCGGAUGCCCUGAUCAAGCGUGUGCAGGUGUCUCAGGAGCAGUGGGUCAAAGGCGCCCUGGAGCCCAAAGUGUCUGCGGAGUUUGACCUGACCCUGGACAGCGAGCCCCUGCUGCAAGCCAUCCACCAGCUGGAUUUCGUCCAGAUGAAAUUGCCACCUGUACCCCUGCUGCAGCUGGAGAAGUGCUGCACCCGCAACAACAGUGUCACCCUGGCCUGGAGGACGCCGCCCUUCACCCACAGCCCUGCUGAUGGCUAUAUCCUGGAGCUGGAUGAUGGCGAUGGAGGGCAGUUCCGGGAAGUGUACGUCGGCAAGGAGACCCUGUGCACCAUCGACGGCCUUCACUUCAACAGCACCUACAAUGCCAGAGUCAAAGCCUUCAACUCCUCCGGUGUGGGGCCCUACAGCAAGACGGUGGUGCUGCAGACCUCUGACGUGGCCUGGUUCACCUUUGACCCCAACUCUGGCCACCGAGACAUCAUCUUGUCCAACGACAACCGGACGGCCACGUGCAGCAGCUACGAUGACCGGGUGGUGCUGGGCACGGCUGCGUUCUCCAAAGGCGUGCACUACUGGGAGCUGCACGUUGACCGCUAUGACAACCACCCUGACCCUGCCUUCGGCGUGGCCAGGGCCAGCGUGGUCAAGGACAUGAUGCUGGGCAAGGACGACAAGGCCUGGGCCAUGUACGUGGACAACAACCGCAGCUGGUUCAUGCACUGUAACUCCCACACCAACAGGACUGAAGGUGGUGUGUGCAAGGGGGCCACUGUGGGCGUGCUGCUGGACCUGAACAAGCACACCCUGAGCUUCUUCAUCAACGGGCAGCAGCAGGGCCCCACAGCCUUCAGCCACGUGGACGGGGUCUUCAUGCCAGCCCUCAGCCUCAACAGAAAUGUGCAGGUUACCCUGCACACAGGACUAGAGGUACCCACAAACCUCGGACGGCCAAAGCUCUCAGGCAACUAGCCUGGUGGCUCUGGCUGCCUGGCUGGCUGGGUGGAGGACAAGGGCACAGCAGAGAGGCCUGGGUGCCCGCAGCCAGUGAACAGCUGAAGAUGCUUUUUCUUUUUUCCCCUUUUUGAAAUUGAGAGUGAAUGAGCUGUGAGCCACGUGACCAUGCCGUGGCUGCCUGUGUCAGGAGUGGGCCUCUCGCUAUGCCACAGAACUGACAGUCCCCAGGGUGCCCUCGAGACUGUGCUCCGGACGCCUCUGGUUGCAGGCUUAUGUUCUCUGACAUCUGUUUGAAGAGUCUGAGUUCCUCUUCAGUUCUUUUCUGGAGAGAGAGAGAGGAAGGCUGGCUUGGAGCCUGCUAUCCCAAGACAGUCAGCGCUGUGAUGUCACUCCAUGCCCAUGUGUCACCAGUUGCUAGGACUCUGCCCCUUCUGGAGUCCCAGGCUGGCAGCUCGUCACCUCUGACCUUGAGAAUGGGCUACUCGUCUUCAAUGCACUGUAAACUAAUUUGGAAGGGACAUUAAUCAUUAAUGAACAGCUAGAACCCUUCAGAAAGGCUUCCUUAGGGCCUUUAUCAUUAGCCACGUGCUGUCAACCUCUCUUCUUCUCUCUCUCUCUCUCUCUCACACACACACACACACGUGCACACCCACACAUACACACGCGCGCACACCCACCCACACACACACACACACACACGUGCACACACACACAUACACAUGCGCGCGCACACACACACACACACACGUGCACACACACACACGUGCACACCCACACAUACACAUGCGCGCACACACACACACACACACGUGCACACACACACACACACACGUGCACACACACACACACAUGCACACCCACACAUACACACACGUGCACACACACACACACAUGCGCGCGCGCGCACGCACACACACACGUGCACUCGGGAACACACACUCGUAGAUGUGCACAUACACACAUUGUGUGUGGGUAUAACGAUCUGUUAAAUUUUAUUCCUUCAGUUCUUAGUUAUGAAUGGAGACACUGAAAUCCAAGACAGAGACGUGUCUUUGCACAGUGGUGGCUUUUUCUAGAACCUGCUUCCGCAGAGUUUGAUGGACAAAUAUCUACAUUGCCUUCCCAGGCUAGGCCCUGAGCACAGAAGCGGCAGACCCUGGGAAGGCCUGUGUCGCAGCUCUGGCUUCACCCAUGCCCUCUUGGAAGCAUCAUGAGUGUGAGAAGUGGCCCUGGUGGCAGCAGGGAUGGCUCUGUCACCAUGGGCCAGAUGAGACCCCGGGAAAGGCUGAAACUAGAUGGUGACACCCUACAACUUCUCUUUGCAUGUGAGCAGGGUUCCCUGGGGCUGAGGCCCCUUCUUCGGGGGAGCACUGGUGAGUGCACAGGAGUCCUCCUGCCUUCAGGCCCUGCCCACCUCCCGCAGUGCCCGGCGCUGCCUGACAACAGCCUUGCUCUCCCCUUUGGAAAGAAUUCGUCUCAUCGGAGAUGAGAAUUCCUCACAUAAAGGAAUGACUUGCCAGUCAGCUGGGCUGUGUUUUCAGACUCACCCCAGCCUCUGUGCUCGGGCCUGUCCCCUCCGGCUGCACGACCCUCCAGUCCUACCUCAGAGUUCUUGCCUGUGGCCCUUGUUUCCUCAGAUACUCCGCUGUCACCAGGAGUUCAGCACUGUCCAGCCUCCACACCGGCCUGAGCCUCCUUCGUCGCUGAGGCAUAGCUCUGGCCUCUCUGCACUCUUCCUGCUAAGCAGUCUCCGGCUCAGCUGCUCACCAUCUAGAACCCUCAGGACAAGCCCACCGGACCCUGGCCACCAUAUCCUCAGUGGCUUGGCAGCUUCUGCUGUCCCUUUCCUAUGGCUUUACAGCUCUGAAAGACCCCAACAGAGGGAGGGACAGGCGCUUCAAAGCGAGGAACACGGAGGAGCCUCUGCCUCCCUGGGCCCCGGAAGACGCCUGUGACCGUGCUCGGGCAUGGCGCUCCAGGUGAACGGCUCCCCUGUGGAAGAGAGAAACCAGAACUGUGGUGUGGGGGCAGGCAGAAAGGCUGGCUGGGGAGCCUCACGGUCUCAAAGGCUGGGCCGGUCACCUGCCCGGGAGCAGUCACUUAGACCUGCACCUGCGGGCGGCUUUGGGGAGAUAAGGAAGUGGCCAUGAUUCCAGGUGACUUUGUUUUUUUGUUUUUGGUGCUGGAGAACGCGACCCAUGGCCUUGGUCCUUGACAUGGUAGGAAGGUGCUUCACCACUGAGCCCCUGGGAGGUCCAUCUCCUCCUUUUUUCUUCCUCUUCCUUUUGUUUGUAUGAGACAUGGUCUCACACUGUAGCCCAGGCUGGCCUGGAAUUCACCGUAUAGUUCAGGCUAGCCUUGAACUCACAGCAAUCCUCCUGCCUCAGCCUCCUGAGUACUGGGAUUACAGAGGUGAGCACCACAUGCAACUCAGGUGACCUCUUUAAGGAGGCUCCCUGGUGCUGAGCAAGAAAGAGCCAGCCCCUACCCCCCCCCCCCCCCACAGCAGCACGAGUGGGGGCUAGGUGUCUCUCUUUGCUCACCAGAGCCCACAAGCAAUACACUGGUGCCAGGGGCGGCCCAGGCAGCCCUGCACAGCCACCUCCCCGGCCUUCCACACAGAUCGCCUUUCAGGGACAAGAACGCACAGAGGAGAGUAGGGCAGGGUGGUGCCACACUUGAGGGCUUGAGGAAAAGUGAAGGCCCUUAACACCUGUCAGCGGCAAGGCCCUGGCGUUCAGAGUGUGAGGUCUUAUUGCAUGGAGUCCUUAGCAGCUGGCACUGAGGUGACACUGCUGUCUGUCAAGGUGAGGCCUUCCUCAGUGGGCCGCUGAGAACGAACUCUGGGUGUCGAGGGCCUGUGAGACAGAGAUUCGGAAGCCUGUUCUCGGGGUGGGUCAGCGAGGGCCAAUCCCUUUAAAUGAAUGUCCUUGACCAGUUCCCACUGGCACCUACACACAGCAGGAGAGCAGCGUUUUCCUCCUGUCCUGUCUGGGAACAUGCUCCAGGUGUUAGGAGACAAGCACCUGACCUGGCCCUUCACGCUGUAUGGCUUAGUCCCCGUGUGCUCUGUGGUUCCAGAAAUGCCCUCAGCUGCCCCAUCGCCCCAAGGCUCCAGAGCCAGGAAUCAAUAUGCUAAUCCCAGCGUGAGCCCCUUCUCUUGUUCAUGGGGCCCCUCAGGUCAGGGCCUGAGUGCCCUGUCGGUGUAUACUUGCCCAGGGGCAGCGUGUCAGCCUUCACCCUGUGAGUGGGGAUAUGAUUCAGUCGGGUUAGCCCUUCCAGAGGCUGUUACCAGUCCCUACAGCCUCCCGUUGCACAGAGGUGAGGGGUGGAUGAAAUCAUUUGGGUUCUCAAAUAUGAGGGUGUAAAGAAUUCUGUCACAGGAUGUGGGGGUGACCCAAGGGCCUUGUAUCUCUCCUGAUGUGGGGUGGGGUCUGAAUGCCAGAGACCAUUAAGCACCCCUGGUCUCUCCUCUCCAGAUGCCAAGAGCAUCCCCAGUAAGGGUGACACCCACCAAAUAUCUAGAGACAUCCAGAUGCCCCCUUGGGGCUGAUCUGGACCUGGGUCACACUGAUUUGUUGGGUGUCAACAUUCCCAGUGUUGGUGGUGCCCAUUCCUGUGUCACACAAGUCCGUCCCAAAGCCACUGGCCUCGUGUCAACCCAACGUACGAAUUCUUAGGAGGUCUUCAGCGAGGAAAGAGGGCUCAUAUUUCUGCUCACUGAAGAUAGUGGCUGACCCCCACCUCCAUCCUUGGGAAGAAUAACUCAUUCCCUUCUUUUUCUUGGCCACUUUUUACUGGCAGGAACAAGGCUGUCUUAUGGAUUUGGGGCCCUCAAUGGGUUAAAGAAUUCUUACAUAUCUUUUUAGGUGUUCAAAGUCACACUGGUCCCGGGAAUCUGGUUCCUCAGAACAGCCAGUUGUCACUGUUUGGGGAUCCUGGCUGAAGGGGUCCUGCCAGCUGAGGGGAAGAGCUAAGUCAAAGUAGAGCUUGAGGCUCCAUGAGGAGACCGGACAGCAGUGUUCCUCAGUACUAACCACUCUUAAACUGGCUCUGAUGUUGGCUCAUGGCAUGCAUGGGACAAAUCUCCUGAUUACUCUGUGCCUCAGUAUCCCUAGCUGCAAACAGGACUGGUCAUACCAACCUGCCUUCUCUCCGUAUUGUGUGGCUCCUGGAAAGGCUCCACAAUAAGGUCCAGGCUGAAUAGCUCACAUCCAGUGGCUCAAACCUGGACGACUUUUACUGUGUCCCCUAACCACAGUCUCUUCUCCCGAGCUUCCUGUGGCCAGGCACGUGUUUUCCACAUUGCUGCCUGGCAUUUCAGAUGGCUUACAUGGCCUUAGCAAGCGCACCCCGUCUGUGGAGCGCCACCUUAGAGGCAUGUUCCACCAAGCCUGGCAGCGGCUUCUUCAUGCUUUAGCAUGAAGUGUUCCCUACGUUAGCUGGCUAUUUGCCUCCUGUUCCCUCAGCUGGGGUCUCGAGGAACACCCCCCCCCCCAGGGCCUUUUGCUUUGUUUUCCCAACAGCGGGGGUGGCUUUGGAAUCCCCCUGAGAGUGUUCUGACAGCUGAACAUGGAGGAGAUGGCUGGUCACAGGCCAGUUUCAGACAACUGACUGCUGCCGGGACUUCCUGGCACAAGCUGAGGGCAGGGAGCCUGACCUUUGCUGUGGACAGUGCUGAGCUCCGUGGAAGGAGCUGGGCUUGACUCCAGGUGAAGCAGGCCCUUCAAGCAGGGCAGCUCGCUGAGGGUCCCCCAUCAGCCCAGCCCUGGGAAAGGUCCUGGAGUCUGAGGGACAGCAGGGUGGCACGGGGUGCCAGGUCUUUGGGCAUGACUGAGCAGAGGCUGAAGAGGCCCUGAGAUGGCUGCUGGAGCUCCUUGAGUGGCCUGUGCUGGCCCCAGGAGACUGGACUUCCUGAGCCCCCACUUUCUCAGCUGCAGAGAGUGGGGUGCAGGCACAACAGAAAACACGAAUGCAUGCUAUAGAAUCGCUGCCUUUGCACUCCACGGCGUGCUGAGCAUGAAAGGCGUUUGUCAAUGUUGGCAAAGGAACUUAACAGAAACAGAAAGCUGUGUACGUUGUUUUGGCCUGUUUUCCUGCCUCUCCUUGCCCUCUCCCUGCCUUCCCUACCGAAUCAAUUCUGUCCCCAGUGGUUGGUAUUUGGUGGCAGCGCUUGGUCCUGUGGCUGUUCAUGUCUCGCUGAAAACAGGAGGGUGGGCAGUGCUCAGGAGAGUCAGUUUUUCUAAUUUUUGUACAGGUAUCCACAAGCGUUUGUAUUUUUUGAAUUGCAAACACUGUGUUUUCUGGUCUCUUGGGAGUUGGUUGAACUUCCUGUAUUACUUUUUGGAAAACUUCAGUUUUACCACAUUCUUAAACAGAUUUGAAAUAAAUUCUUUUGACACUGCCAACAACUGGAAGACAGGUGUGGUCCAUGGUCGCCAGCGAGAAGCCACUUGCAAAUCCCCACAGGCUGGCCCUGGCUGACCACUGCUCAGCAGUUUCAGUUUUGUGGUUUCCCAAAUCUCAAAGUAACAAUGUGGUUUUAAAUUACAAAGCACAUUUUCCAGUGGAGUCACAGUUUCAGUUAAAUGGUUUUUAUGUGUGUGUGCGCAUUUGCACAUAUUUGCACAUGUGAGGUUAAAGAUCAACCUCAAGCAUCAUUCUUCAGAUGCUGUUUGUGUACUUGGCUUUUUGAGAUGGGUUUUCUGAGACACGGUUUCUCUGUGUAGCCCUGGCUGUCCUAGAACUCGCUCUGUAGACUAGGCCGGUUUGGAACUCACAGAGAUCUGUCUGCCUUAGCCUCCUGAGUGCUGGGAUUAAAGGUGUGUGCCACCUUUAAGCAACUCUCUUCCUAAGAGUAGAGGAUGGAGCUGGGGGGGGGAGGGCUGUCAGUUGGGUUUUGGGGGACACAAGCUCUGGGGUUGGAGUGUAUUUCCUAGGGGUGAUCUUGGGAGGAAGCAGGACCCAACAAGGGAGGUUUUAAGACCCCCCAAAAGGUGAGCAUAGGGUCUUAUUCCUGUAAUUAGGGAGGCUGAGAAGAGGUUCACUGUGAGUUUAAGCCAGCCUGAGCUCAUAAUGAAAUCCAGGCCAUCUUUAGCUACAAAGUGAGAAACCCAUUCUCAAAAACCAAACAAACCAGAAUGGCUUAACAAGGCGUUCCCUCCUGUCUGGCCACUGCCAGCUCUCGGAGGACCUCAUUUCCCUGAGCUUCCUCCCUGCUCUCCAAAGUCUAGACCGUCCAGCCCUGUCCUGGCUCUCAUGCUGCCCCAGCUGCUUGUUGAUACCUUGGCCGUUACUGUCCUCACCUGCACCAUGAGGCUACAGUGCUCGGCAGGAAGGCAGAGGCUCUCCUCUGGUCUCCACACAUGCGUACACCUGUACACAAACCUGAACACAUGUAUGUACCUGCGCAUACAUGAGCAGGCACAAAGCUCCCGAGGACACACGAGGGCACACAAGAUACAUAGAGCUGUGGUGGACACGGAGUGGGAUGGAUUGUGCAGAGGGAGGGAGAAGUCACGGCACUUAAGGAGGCAGUCACAUGACCACACAAGCGCGGGGGCACACGUGCUGCUCCCGGCUGGUGGGAGCCAGAGGUGGAGUCAGGGCGGUAUGUCCGCUUCCCCAUCACUCAGGACAGAGCUGCCUCGCCAUGUUGGUCCAAGCUGGCGAUGAUGAAGGUUCAGCAGUACCUGUGCUCUUCCGGGGUCUUUGCCUGCAGGACUGGCUCUGCAGUCCUCUCCCAAGCAAGUGUAACUUGGAGUCUCCUGUGAAAGUCACUUCGCUCUCGCCAGCCCUGCCUGCCACGCAUCCUGCGCAGCUGCAUGGCUGAACCCUAAAGAGGCGCACUGAGGCCAGAGUAUGAGCUCAGGGCUGACCCCGCUCUCCUUAGGGUGACUUUCUGAUGCUCACUUCUCCACCUUCCUGAUGCUGCGCCCUUUAAUACAGCAGUUCAUGUUGUGGUGACCCCAACCGCAGAAUUCUUUCCUUGCUACUUUGCAGCGGAAAGUUUGCUACAGUUAGGAGUCGUAAUGUAAGUAUCUGAAUCGACCCCUGUGAAAGGGGUUGCCACCAGCAGGUCUAGCACCACUGCUGCGGCUGACGUCGCUGGAGGCCUCGGCAGGAGUCGUCCCCCAGAGCGCCGACUGAAGCUUGACCCGAGUACUCAGAGCAGAAUGUUUGUGGAUCAUUUUGCCUUCCAACCUCUGAAGCGUCUGCAGAACACUCGGUGGUCAGUGUGCCGAGCUUUUAGUACUUACACAGUACAGUUCCCUGCCUUCUGUUAAGGGCUAGCAUAAAUAUUUACAGCAGCAAAUCAAAGCAGAAACCAAAGCUGCUCAUUCAUGGUAGGUACGAGGUCCAAGCUGUGUAGGUUCUGGUGGAACUCCACCUUCCCCAGGCUCUCCUUGAAAAGAUGGAGUCAACUGCCCCAGCACCCCCUUAACAGGUCAUCUCUGUGCCCUAAGAUUGAUGUUCCCAGUGCUGUCAUGUUUAAGACCUAACUAGGGAUGGUGAGAGCUCAGCGGGUGAAGGUGCUGACAUCCAAACGCAAUCCCUGGGACCUGCAUGGUGGGAGGGGAGACAGGCCAAGGGCUUGUCCUGUGACUUCCACGCAGGCUGUGCGCAUGUGCCCUCACACACAAAUAAACUUAAAAUCGCCACUAAAAAAAAUCUAACAAAUUGUCUUCCAUCUACUGAGCUGUUUCAGCCAAGCUUUCAGAGCCGUCUGACAAGCUCCUGAGAGCUGGCUGGCUGGGGCCUGCAGGCUGUCAGACCCGCGCUGCGAUGCUUGCUGGGCAAGGGCCCGAGCACCUGUGGGGGAGUGCCAGAAGCAUUCCUCUCACUGGAGAGCUCCCUGGGGUGCACCUGUCUCUGGGAGGUGCUGACAGCUCUGUAAACGUGGUCCUGUGAGGCUGCAGCUCCACGCAGCUGUGAGAACCAGUCAGGCCCGCCUGUCUGUUCUCAGCAGCACUCCCUCAC